AAUUCAUCACAAGCUACCAGGGCGGAGCCUCAUGCCCCUACGUGGUGCUCGCCGUGUUGGCGUUUGCUUCAAUGUACGUUUCGCUGGCCUUUAUGGGACCUGGUGACUCCCUUUGCUUCUACCGUCCUCCUUCCACUCCUCGAACAAACGGCGCGCGUUGACUGGAAAAUUGGCUCGCCUAGUUUCCUCCCCUCCACUCCUGGCGGCAUGUCCCAAGGCAAGAUCGACAUUUUGGAUCUAUCUGUUGCCGACUGGAAGGCGAUCAGUCAGCGGUGGGCAGAACAGGCCAGCGAGCAAGCACUGGGGAGGGCCGACAGGCCUUGUCUAGAGGUAGUGCAGGCCUGCCAAGUGCUGGCCAUGUUCUGGUUCGCAAAGGGGGAGACGAAGCGGACGAAUGUGCACACGGCAAUUGCCUACAGGGCGUCUCGGCUGCUCCAUCUAGACGAUGCCAACGAGACUGGAUGGUCCGCCCACAAGGAGCUUGGGUUGGGGUGCUUUUGGGCUUGUUGGCUCACUAGAUGCGCCAGCCAAGAGAACUCGCGGUUCCCCGGAGACUGCUGGGCAGAGGUGGCUGGACGUCCGCUGCCCGUCGACGCCGAUGACGUGGCCACCAAUUCGCACGCGUGCUAUCUGGACCAGAAAGGCGCCAUUAUCUACCCGGACCGGGAGUCCAAUGUUGGGUUCAGCUCCGUAUUGAUUCUUGUUCAGGGUCUCUGGUGGGAAGUGCAGGAUUUCGCGCGGUCGAUCCACGGAAGCCGUGGAACUCCUUCCGACUGGGCCUUACAAUAUUGUAUCCUCGACAAGAAGCUAGAAGGCCUCCCUAUCCAAUUGCCCGGGUGGGACUGGGGAUCAGCCGGUCGCGGGACGACCAGUCCAACACCCGAGGAGCCCAGCCGUAUGUUCUCUCUUGGAUACCUGUUCGAGCUGUGCAGCCUCUACCUCCACUCGUCGGUCGUCCCUGUCUUUAGUUGUCUAGGGCAAACGCGUAUCCUCAGCCAGCCGAUGCUCCAGCUCGCCGCGGAGCGUGCCUGGGAGCACUCUCUGAAACUGACAGCCAUGACGGAGCACUAUCUGUCACGACAAUCUCCCAUCUCGAAAUUGUGGCCGAUGAUCGGAUACGGAGCUUACGUCUGCGCCGCCGUGCAGUUACGGCGUUGUCUAGCGCUUCGACUGCUCGACGAACAGCGUCUUGGACGUGCGAGAGUCCAUCUCCAGUUUACUGGCGGACUCAUGCGGUAUUGGACUACUCUACGACCGCUGCAUGAGGACAUGGAGCGGCAAUUCGCCCAGGCACAGGUGCUGUCUCGCACACAGCAAGCAGGCGCGCCCGCGAGCGUGCCGGCGCGAGCCGGGGACGGACAGUCCCCUUUCGACACGCGGGACCCUGCCUUCUCCACGGAGCUGACUAGCAGCAUCCACGCCUACGUCGCGGACGAGGACGUUGUCGAAAACUCAGGGGUUGCUACGGAGCCACGAGGCGAGUACUCGGAAAUGACCUCAAAGGAGCUGCCACAGAGAAUUCCUGGUCACCCUGGUGCUGUGCGGCCUGAUGGGGGUUACAGGACCACACCGGAGCGUGAAAUGCUUGAUUCCGCAGACCGGAGCCCUGGGGACCUCCCCUGGGGAGCACAGCCGCCGCCUACGCAAGUGUGGUGGAACCAGGAUUCUGGGUCGCUGGGUGAAGCUUUUGGGAGCGGGUCGUUCUGGCCUGAAGACUUGGGAUUCCUGAUGGACAUAGCCUGAUCUACAUCGCCUCUACCUAACUCCUCACAUCUUUACCCCUUGCUUCCUCUCUUGUUCUCGUGACGA